AUGUCGUGGAAAUCACGUCAAAAUGUUGUCCAAACAAUUCGCGCAUCAACAAAAGCUUCAUUGCGAAUAUUAAACAAUAAUAAUCACAAUACCAAAACUAUAAAAUUCGGCUCUUACCAACAUCAUCAACGAGAACAACGUAGUGUGAUUUCGGGUUUAACAAUAUCUCAAAACACGACGACGACAAACUCAAAAGCAAUAUCGCGAAUCUACAAUGACCCACUAUUACGACCUGCAUUACCAACUUCCCCUUUUUCCAUGCGAGGUGUCGCAUCAUUAGGAAAAACACAAGGAAAUUUGGUAAUUCUAGGGUUCAAAUUAUUUAAAGACCUGAGUACCGAUAAUUAUAGUCUAAUUGUGGUCUCACCAAGAAAUUACUUUGUGUUCACGCCACUUUUGGCAAGUACUUCGGUCGGCACACUGGAAUUUCGAUGUAUUACCGAGCCCGUGAGAAAAUUCGUGCCAAAAGUUGACUUUUAUCAAGCGUAUGCAGACACAAUAGAUUUCGAAAAGCAAAUAGUGCAUUGUACCUCAAAUCUCGAAAAAAAACGCGACAAGUUCUCACUUUCUUACGACACGCUUGUAAUAGCCGUCGGCGCUAACUCGAAUACAUUCGGAAUACCGGGAGUUGGUGAAUACGCAUUAUUUUUGAAGGAUGUUUCGGAUGCGAGGAAGAUACGACAGAGAGUGAUCGAGUGUUUUGAGCAUGCUAGUCAACCAGGAGUAACGGAGGAAACGAAAUUAGGAUUGUUACAUUUCGUGGUUGUUGGCGGGGGUCCGACGGUUCGUUUGAGUAUAUACGACAUUGCACCUCAAAUUCUCGGAUCAUUUGAUAUAGGGCUACGUGAUUACGCAACCAAGAAAUUUACCAGAAAGGGAAUCCAAAUUCGCACUAAUAAGCGUGUCAUGGAAAUUAAGGCCAACCAUUUGAUUAUUCGUGAAGAAGGAGAGGUGCCAUAUGGUAUGAUUGUUUGGGCAACUGGAUUGACUGAUAAUCCACUGACCAGAAAUAUAGGCGAUAGAAUCAUGAAAGAUGAUACGGCUAAACGGCUAUUAACUGAUGACAAACUACGAAUUAUUGAAAAGAAUUCAGGAAAACCAAUAACCAAUGUAUACGCGAUUGGAGAUUGUGCGACUAUUAAAGAUAAUGAUCUCCCGCCUACAGCACAAGUCGCGAAUCAGAAGGCACGGUAUUUACGUAGAGUUCUGCAAGGUCUUGCGAUCGACCCACAGUAUGUGGUCAAUCCUUUCAAAUUUCACAAUUUUGGUGUAAUGGCGUAUAUCGGUAAAAAAGAAGCACUCGUCGACAUGACAAAAGCCGUAAGCCCACAAGCAAAAGAAUCCGGUAUGCUCGCUUGGCUCUUAUGGCGAUCUGUAUAUCUCAGUUAUACCGUCUCGAUUCGUAACAGGUUGUUGAUUCCGAUGUAUUGGUUCUUGACGCUUUUGUUUGGUCGGGAUAUUAGCCGGUUUUAG